UACUCGUGAGAGAGGAUGUUAGUGAAUGAUUGAAGUAACCGCGAGAUUGUUGUUUCAUCUUAGAGAGAGAAAGAGAGAUCAUCUUUAGAGAGAGAGGGAGAGAGAGAUGGCCGGUGCAAAACUACAAGCCCUCUGGAACCACCCUGCAGGCCCCAAAACCAUUCAUUUCUGGGCUCCAACUUUUAAAUGGGGCAUCAGCUUGGCCAACGUUGCGGACUUUUCAAAGCCACCUGAGAAAAUAUCCUAUCCUCAACAAAUAGCGGUUGCAUGCACGGGGGUUAUCUGGUCAAGAUACAGCACAAUUAUUAUCCCGAAAAACUGGAACCUUUUCAGCGUAAAUGUUGCAAUGGCUGGGACAGGCCUUUAUCAACUUUCACGCAAAAUACGGCAGGAUUACUUUUCCGACCCCCAAGAAGUUAUUGCAGAAAAACAAUGAAGGAAGAAUACAUCCCCAGCAACUGCAUUUGUAUUCAGUCUGUGGUUUCAAUAUGUGGUUGCCUUUCUGUUUCCAUUCCCCAAAAUUAAAGAAACCAGUCCGCUUGCAUCACUCUCUCUUUCCACCAUCUAUGAAAACAAAGGUUUACUGACAUUUGUUGUAGUGUAUUUUAAUGUAAUGCUAUCUCCUCUAAGAGAGACUCAUCUCGAAAAAUGCUUUAUAGCCUUUGCUUUGAAACUUCAUAAAUGAUGUUUGUGGAAAGAAGAAGAAAUCAAAUUGACUUCUUCCUUCUUUCCCCGUUCCUUUGGUGCGGUACUGUGGAGUUUGAACUAUAAAAACUGCUGACUGUGGUAGAAAGCUCUGUUAUGACCAUGCUAGAGAGGUCAAACCAAUCUUUAGGAAAAUAAACAUCAUUGUUGGUGUGGAUCAUAUGGAACCCCAGGGUCAUCGACCAUCUGUUCUAGUGACGAUUGGUUGGCUCGACUAUAGUGGGACCAACAAGGACAUUCGUCAAUCUGCACCGUCCAAUCAUCUGUUUUGUGUACCAUAUUAAGAUGCUUCUGUUUUUCUUCU